AUGGAAAACACUGAGCUGAACUCAACGAAGGCGAAAGUCCUGGGCUACUUCGAAGCCAUCGAGACCAUCCGCACCAAACCUCUCUGCAACGCCCUCUGCGCAAACAUGCACACGGCCCCUCUACGCUGCACCGGCUGCGGCGCGGCCACGUACUGCUCCAAGCGGUGCCAGCGCGCCGACUGGCCGCUGCACAAGAAGCUGUGCGCCUCGUACCGCCCGUUCCUGGCCACCGCGACCAGCAACCAGCGCAAGGAGUUCAAGGCCGGCAUCCUGUUCCCCGCCGAGAGGGACUCGACCCCGCUCCUCGUCUGGAUCAGGUUCCGCUCCCGCUUCGGCAAGGAGGAGCAGUGUGCCAGCGCCGCUAUGAGGGGCGUCGCCCGCUCCGUCGCGCUCAGCCUCGAGCUCGUGCCCGACGUCGCGCCGCUGCUCGGCAUGGACGGGGCCGGUGGUGAUGCAAACGCCGUCAUCGCCAGGAGCAGCAGCAGCAGCAGCAGCGGUCUGGGCGCGGCGUUGUUCCAUGCCGUCCCCAGGACGGAGCUGUGCCUCGCGCGCUGGGGUGAUGUGGGCGGCCUACCCGCCAACGAGAGCAUCCUCGCCCUACUGGCUGCCGGUAUGUCGCUGCGGAAACAUGAUGAUCUUGGUGUGCCCGGCCCAGCCCCUGGUCUCGGCGAGGAUGGGCAGCGCAAUGCGGCUUACUUCCGCGGACCGGUGGUCGUGUACCGGCAGGCGAGCUAUGCAGACCAAGGGGGGGAGGAGUUGGCUGCGGCAGCCAGGAAUGGCAUCGGCGUCACGACGGUCCGGUUCGCCAUUGGUCAGGAGGCCGAGGACGUGACGCCGAUUGAUCUGCGGUGCGCGGUCGAGUCGAUGGCGGUAUGCCAGCGCACGAGGCCCGUCAUGGACUGUGUUCCCGUCUCCCCCGUCCCAGAGAAGAGGGCUCAGGGUGGUGACCACGGGCACGAGCAGCGCGAGGACAAGCAAGAAGGUGGAGCGGAGCAGAGCGUCAACAAGAGCAAGAGGAUGAUGAAGAAGCGCAACAGCCACAAGCAUGAGAGGGCUAGGCGGCCCGAGGAGAGGAUAUGGAGUGCUUGGCAGUCCAAGGAUAAGGGGGCUAGCAAGACGGAGGGAGAGACUGGUUGA